UUAUUAUAUUUUGUCCUUUGCAUAAAAAAAAGGAUUACAAAUUACAAACAUACACACAACCUCUGUUGUAUAAAUACACGACACUCGAAUUGAUUCUAUAAAUUAUAAAGUUGGUGUUAUGGUACAUUAGAUAAAAAGAAAACGAGAGGAAUUGAGGAGAAUUUAUUCAAAGAGGCAAAGAAAGAAAGAAAGAAGCAAUUGUAACUUAUGAAUUUUGAGGACAGAAAGAAAGAAAGAGGCAAAGAAAAAGCAUAGGAGGUGGGAAGCUCAAAUAUCAGAGAAUUGUAUUUUUUGUAAUAGACAAGAAAGAAGAUAAAGAAAUACAAAAUGGAAUUCUUGAAGCUUUUUAUUGUUGCAUUGAUGCCAGUUCUUAAGGUACUAUUGAUCACUGUUCUUGGAACAUUCCUUGCACUUGAUCGUUUUGAUAUACUCAGUAGAGAGACUGCAAGGAAAAACUUGAAUACUAUUGUAUUUUUUGUCUUCGCUCCUGCUCUUGUUUGUGGCAGCCUAGCUGAAACAGUAACAUCAAAGAGCAUCGUUACGUUGUGGUUUAUGCCAUUGAAUGUCCUUCUCACAUUUAUAAUUGGAGCAGCUCUUGGAUGGUUGGUAGUUAAAUUGAUGAGAGUUCCUCAUCAUCUUCAAGGCCUUGUGUUGGGGUGUUGUGCUGCAGGAAAUCUAGGAAAUUUGCCCUUGAUUAUUGUCCCAGCUGUAUGUAAACAAACAGGCAACCCUUUUGGAGAUGCAGAUAUUUGUCAUAGAAAUGGACUUGCUUAUGCUUCUUUAUCAAUGGCGAUAGGAACCAUUUACAUUUGGUCAAUUGUGUACAACAUUGUUCGCAUAUAUUCAAGCAAGAUUUCCAAUGAAGUUAAAGUUGAUAAUUCAAUGUUUAGUUCAAAUUCUACAUUAGAAAAUGAUCCAGAAAACAUUUCAAAUGAUAGAUCACAUAACGAUCAUGUGAAGCAAUUUGAAAUUGAAUGUACAAAUUCUAAUGGACAUGUAAAGGUAUCAAAAAAGGAAAAGAUUAUGAAACAAGUAAAAGUAUUAGCCGAAAAGAUGAAAUUGAAGGCACUAUUCGCACCAGCUACAAUUGGAGCACUUGUUGGUUUAUUAAUUGGUGUAGUUCCGAUAUUUCGCAAAAUGUUGAUUGUAAACAAUGCUCCUCUUGGUGUUAUUCAAGACUCUCUAGUCAUGGUGGGGGAUGCAGGCAUUCCUGCAAUGACCUUGUUGGUUGGAGCAAAUCUUAUAAAGGGUUUAAAAGGAUUAGGAAAACAAGUUCCAAUUGUUGUUGGCAUAAUUGUGGUUAGAUUCAUAAUCUUGCCAGUAAUAGGUAUAGGUAUUGUUAAAGGUGCUAUUCAUUUUGGAUUGAUCCAUCCUGAUCCACUCUAUCAGUUUCUUUUACUCCUUCAAUUUGCUCUUCCACCUGCAGUAGCCCUAAGUACAAUUACUCAAUUAUUUGGAGUUAGUGAGGGUGAGUGCUCAGUUAUCAUGUUGGCAACUUAUUCUUGUGCUGCAUUUUCACUUACAUUAUGGAGCACAUUCUUUAUGUGGCUUGUACUUUAAUUAAUUUAAAUUGCAAUGCUUCAAGUAUACUAUUUCUAGAUGUAAAUCUAUAUAGAGUAUAUCUAAAUUAGGAGUGAUUUUAGGCAAACGUUUUUUUAACCAUGUUAUCAGUGAGAAGUAUUCGUUUAGACAAGCAAUUUUAAUAAAGAAAAAGUGUAAAAAAUGUAUAUUUA